AUGCCACAUCAGACCUGGCAAGACAAGCUUGAGGACGCUUGCAAAGACUGGAAUAUAGGCGCACCAGUCUUCCAGAUCGUCUCGGACCGGCGAGGGGGGCGCACGGCCUGGUCCAGCACCGUGACCGUCUACGGCAGCACGCACAGCGCGCGGUUCUGGUACGACGGCAAGAACCUCAACAACGCCAAGGAGGACGCUGCCGAGGUCGCGCUGCAGUGGCUCAACCAGUCCGCCUCCUCUGCGUCCGGGUCCAGCGCGGCCAGCUCGCCUGCUACCAGCCGGAGUGGUUGGUCUGGUUAG